CUGGAGGGAUCUUUGGAUCUAGGAGAGGACGGACUAGACCUUGCUUCUCCUCUCCAGCAGAGGCGGUGGGUAUCUUGGAACAGGCCUAGGGCCUCAGCGCCAUGGCCACGCUGAGCGUCAAGCCCAGCCAGCGCUUCCAGUUGCAGGAAUGGCACACCAACAGCUACCUGCUGUCCACCAACGCGGAGCGGCAGCGAGAUGCGUCUCACCAGAUCCGCCAGGAGGCCCGCGUCCUCCGCAAUGAGACCAACAACCAGACCAUCUGGGAUGAACAUGACAACAGGACUCGGCUGGCGGAGAGGGUUGAUACGGUCAACCGGUGGAAGGAGAUGCUGGACAAGUGUCUGACGGAUUUAGACGCGGAGAUCGACGCCCUGACACAGAUGAAAGAGUUGGCAGAGCAGAACCUGCAGGCCAAGAACCUGCCCCUGGAUGUGGCGGUCGAGUGCCUGACCCUGCGGGACAGCCGGCGGGACAUCGACGUGGUGAAGGACCCUGUGGAGGAGGAGCUGCACAAGGAGGUGGAGACCAUUGAGGCCACCAGGAGGGCCUUGCAGCAGAAGAUCGGCCAGACGUUUGAGAAGCUCUGCAUCCUGCAGGACGUCCGACAGCAGCUCAACUCUGACCAUCGGGGCAAAAUGGAGACACUGGACAUUGACAGAGGUUGCCUCUCUCUCAACCUCAAGUCCCCAAACAUCUCUCUGAAGAUUAACCCCACACGUGUCCCUGACGGCUCCACCGCGCUCCAGGAGUGGGAUGAAUUUAGUCGGUUCAACAAGAACCGGGCAGAGGCUGAGAUGAAAGAGGCCGCAGACUUGAGGGAGGCCAUCGCCCUCACUAUUGCUGAGACCAACAAUGAACUUGAAGCCCAGAGGGUUGCCACGGAAUUUGCCUUCAGAAAGCGGCUGCGGGAGAUGGAGAAACUUUACAGUGAGCUCAAGUGGCAAGAGAAGAAUACCUUGCAGGAGAUCGCGGACCUGCAGGAGGACAUCCGGCACCUGGAGGAAGAUCUGCGCAGGAAGUUCCUGAACCUGAAGCUGUGCCAUACGCGGCUCGAGUACAGAACCUACCGGCCCAACGUGGAACUCUGCCGGGACCAGGCACAGUAUGGCCUCACCGACGAGGUUCACCAGUUAGAGGCAACCAUCGCUGCCCUGAGGCAGAAGUUGGCACAAGCACAGAAUGCUCUGGAUGCCCUGUUCAAGCACCUGGCCCGGCUGCAGGCCGACAUCGCCUGCAAGGCCAACUCCAUGCUGUUGGACACCAAGUGCAUGGACACUCGCCGGAAGCUGACGGUGCCAGCCGAGAAGUUUGUGCCUGAGGUGGACACCUUCAACCGCACCACAAAUCGUACCCUGAGUCCACUCAAAAGCUGCCAGCUGCAGCUAGCCUAGCCUUGGAGGCCGAGGAGGUGGGGGGGAGGGAGAGGGGGGAGGGGGAGAGAGAAUAAAGAAGAUAGAGGUUAGGAGGGAAAUGGAAGAGGAAGGAGAUAGAAUGAAUCUAAUAAAUGUCGGGUUUCUCAGUCUAGAAGGUUUUCUGCUACUCCUGCAUGCAGCCAGCGGUGUGUGAGAAGGCUAGCGGCCCUCCUGUGAAGGGAGAGGCAUAAACAGGGACCAUCAUCCCCCAAGCUCCAUGUUCCAAAUCUGAUUCCUUCUCCCUCUUGAGGGACCCCUCAGGUGUAGGCCAGCACCCUCUGGGCUCCAGUGGCAUGAUUUCGAACCAGCCAAGCCUCAGCAGGACCCUUACCUGCCCUCUUGAUGCCUAGGGAGGGCCCAAAGAAGGCUAUGAUUCCAGUGGGAGCCGGGGACCAAGAACUGGGGCUGGGGUGAGGGGACAAAGAAAGAGGCUUUCAUAAAGGCAGGACCCGGGUGGCAGUGACCUGAAGGGCAGAGCUACCGCGCUCCGAUAGCCCCUCCUGGACUCUUUAGUGGCCAUUCGCCCGGCGUGACACCGGUUACAGGUGGGGAGAAGGAGGCCUACAAGCAGAGGCCUGGUGGAAGCCAACCAGCGGUGCGGGACCUAGCCCAGUCCCACGC